GAUAACAGCUUCAGCAACCUUUGAGACAACCACAAAGUUGAACACAAUGGCGGAUUUUAAGAGUUAUCUUGCAGCGAGUAUCUUGACAGAAGAUAAAGUGGUCACUUAUAGACUGCUUAGUCGGGUGCUCAAGGUCCAUUUAAAUACAGCAAAGGAAAUGCUAUUUGAGUUCCAUCGAGUGCAGAAUGCGAAGAAACCUGGAACAAUUCAUGCAACUUAUCUCAUUGGAGGAACAAAGAGAAACGAAGCACCUAGGGACAUUGAAGCGCAAAAAGAUGGCGAAGAUGAUUAUAUGCAGAGCAGUCCAUUUGUUGGAAGCUCGAUGCCACAGGCCAAAGGAAGUGCCGGCGAAAGCUCUAUAUUGAGUAUAACAUUGACACGAGAGGAGGAUUUAGAAACAAUACGUUCUCAAUUUGAGCAUAUUUCCUCAAUUCAUAUUUAUAGUUUAGGGCCUCACCCAUUGAAGGAGCUUCAAUUGCUCUCAGAUUCGACCAGAGAAAUUCAAACACUCGCCAAAUCCGAAGACCCCCUCGAAACAUACCAUAAAUAUGGAAUAAUACCCAAUCCAAAUGUCAAACGUCGUACCCGCAGCACACCACCUAUUGCAGCUGCUACACAAGCAUCUGUUCCAACCAGACCUGCGACUGCAAAAUCCAAACUCAAUGAAGUCCAAGAGGCUUCCAAAUCAUCAUCGUCUUCUAAAAAGCCCGAAUCUAAAUCACAGCCAUCGAACGCCAAAGAUUUCUUCGCCAGCAAUGGAAAAGAAAAGGCGAAGGCAAAGUCACAAGAAGAGUCUACAAAGGCCGAACCAACAACUGCGCCUUCGAGUAAAGAAUCAACACCUGCCCCUCCUGCAAAUCUGAAGCGCGAAUCAAGUAGCAUUUUCAAGGCGUUCGCGAAAACUCAGCCUAAGAAAGCAAAAAUUGAGGAAACAGAAUCAAGUGCAAAGGAUGAUACCGCGAUGAAAGAUGUCUCGGACGACGACGAAGAAGAUACAUGGAUGCCAGCGCCUGUCAGUAAAGAAACCAAGUCUCAAGACCGAAAUUCCAGGAAAGAAACACAGGAGAGAUUGAGGAAAAUGAUGGAAGAAGACGACGAAGAGGAAGAAGCAGUACCAUCUCCAGCUCCUGAAACGCCUGCGGAGGAAGUAGAAGAGGAAAAGGCAUCCGAGGAGACUAAGGAAGAGGAACCUGUCGCAAGUACAAGUAAUGGACGAAGAAGAGGCAGAAGAAGAGUUAUGAAGAAGAGAACUGUGAAGGACGAAGAUGGCUAUUUGGUAACGAAACAAGAGGCAGCCUGGGAAUCAUUUUCGGAAGACGAGCCUGCUCCAGCACCUAAAGCUAAAGCAGCACCUGUUUCCACUAAACCAAAGAAGGAAGCACCAAAGAAAGGACAAGGAAACAUCAUGGCGUUUUUUGGGAAGAAAUAAUAUUUCUGGGAGAACCUAAAGGAGUUAUUGUUGACAACAUUUGAUAGCGAGCUGAAUUGAGCAUCAUGGGGAUCAUGUGAUAGCGGAUAGCUUUGAUCCAAAUGCAUUGGUAGCAGAUAAACAUAAUAAGACUAGAUCA